GGGAGGUCGGUGAAAACUUGCCAAAUAUAAUUAUGUGAUGAACGUAUAUAUCCAAUUUCUACGCAAUCGGCUAUCUUCUCUAGGGUUUUCUCCGUACUCAGCAACACCCCAAUUCAACGUAAAUUGAACAGGGGUGUGAAGUUCUUCUGGGUCAAAGUCCUUAUUAGCUUGUAAUUUUCGGUAAUUUGUUACAUGAAACUGAAAGUUGAGUUGGGGUGAGAUUAUUAGUUUCAAUCCCUUAUUCUCGCUACUUCAAGAGAGAGAGAAAAUGCUGGGAACGCUGCCGAUAUUACCUCUUCCGGCGCCACCAACUGAUGGCAAUCUCGGCCCUCUUCCCGCUUCCCAAGUUUCGGAACACUCUGAUGAUGAGAUGAAAAUUGAGACCGAGGAUCAGAAUAACGUCGAUUCUGUUCCCGCAUCGGUUGCAACCCAUACUAGAACGAUCGGAAUUAUACAUCCUCCACCAGACAUUAGGAACAUUGUUGAUAAAACUGCACAGUUUGUUUCAAAGAAUGGACCUGAGUUUGAGAAAAGGAUCAUUGCAAACAAUACUGGCAAUGCUAAGUUUAAUUUCUUGAAUGCCUCUGAUCCUUACCACGCUUACUACCAGCACCGUCUAUCUGAAUUUCGUGCUCAAAAUCAAAACCAGCCUUCUUCUGAUCCUGCUGAUCCAUCUUUGCCGGAGUCCAUCCCUUCUGCUGCUGUUACUGAGGGUGACGAGACAAUCACUAAACCUGACCCCUCAGCCCAAUUUAGACCCGUGCGCAAAGUUCUUGAGUCCCCAGAGGCUGAGCUGUACACUGUUAGGCUUCCCGAGGGGAUUACAGGAGAGGAAUUAGAUAUUAUUAAAUUGACUGCGCAAUUCGUGGCUCGCAACGGGAAGUCUUUCUUAGCCGGACUCACCAGCAGAGAAAUGAACCACCAACAAUUCCAAUUCUUGAAGCCAACCCACAGUAUGUUCAUGUUUUUCACCUCUCUUGCUGAUGCAUAUUCAAAAGUAUUGAUGCCCCCAGAUGGAUUGAGUCGAUUGACUGAGAAGUUGAGGAAGAGUGUUACGGAUAUGACUACUGUGCUUGAACGUUGCUUGCACCGGUUGGAGUGGGAGAGGUCGCAAGAGCAAGCAAGGCAGAAAGCUGAAGAUGAGAUUGAGCAGGAACGUUUGCAGAUGGCCAUGAUCGAUUGGCAUGAUUUUGUUGUGGUUGAGACUAUAGAUUUUGCGGAUGAUGAAGAUGAGGAGUUGCCUGCCCCAAUGACGAUUGAAGAGGUUAUAAGGAGGAGCAAAGUUUCAGCUAUGGCAGAAGAAGAAGAUAAUGUUGAGCCAGGAAAGGUGGUGGAAAUGGAGAUGGAUGAAGAAGAGGUGAAGCUUGUUGAAGAAGGAAUGAGGGCGGCUAGUAUUGAAGAAAACGGUGAAGAGAAGAAGAAUGAGAUGAAAAUGCUUCCUUUGGAAGAACAGGAACAACCUAUGAGAAUCGUGAAGAACUGGAAGAGGCCUGAGGAAAGGAUUGCCUCAGAAAGAGAUCCGACAAAAUAUGUUGUGUCACCAAUCACCGGCGAGCUAAUACCCAUUAUUGAGAUGUCAGAGCAUAUGAGGAUUUCCCUUAUUGACCCUAAGUACAAGGAGCAGAAAGAGAGGAUGUUUGCUAAGCUUCGGGAGACUACCCUUGCUCAAGAUGACGAAAUUUCCAAAAACAUCAUGGGACUCGCCCGAACGCGUCCCGAUAUUUUUGGGACUACGGAGGAAGAAGUUUCUAAUGCUGUCAAGGCGGAGAUUGAGAAGAAAAAGGAUGAGCAACCGAAGCAAGUCAUAUGGGAUGGUCACAGUGGGAGCAUUGGGCGCACUGCAACUCAAGCCAUGUCACAGAAUCCCAAUGGAGAGGACCAAAAUGACCCUGCGAACAAUGAGUUGAGGAAUCUUCCGGGUCCCACAGCGCCACCCCCUCUUAGACCUGGCGUGCCAUCAAUUAGGCCACUUCCUCCGCCAGUAGGAUUAGCCUUGAAUCUUCCUCGUGUACCUCCAAAUGUCCAGUAUUCAACUACUAAUAGUGGUGCGAUGCUCAUGCAACAGCCUCUACCCAGGCCACCACCAGUUAAUAUGAUCCCGUCAGCUCGGCCACCACCGCCACCUCCAAUGCAGUUAAUUUCUGGGCAACAACAGUUUUUGGUGAAUAGGCAACCCCCGAUGCCACCAACAAUUUCUGUUAAUCCGCCAAGUAUUCCUGUGCCGCCUCCACCUGGAUAUACACCUCUGUCAGCUCCUCGGCCUUAUGUUCCCCUUACGGUGCCGCAACCUGGCAUGCAUAUGGUUCAGCCACCACCUCCACCACUGCCCGAGGAAGCUCCUCCACCACUUCCAGAAGAACCAGAGCCAAAAAAGCAGAGGCUUGACGAUUCCGUGCUUAUUCCUGAAGACCAGUUUCUCGCUCAACAUCCGGGACCUGUUCGCAUCACUGUUUCUGUGCCAAAUGUGGAUGAAGGAAAUCUCAAAGGGCAAGUACUGGAGAUUACAGUGCAAUCCCUAUCUGAAACUGUUGGCAGUCUGAAAGAGAAAAUUGCAGGAGAGGUCCAGCUUCCUUCAAACAAGCAGAAGCUGAGUGGAAAAGCUGGUUUUCUUAAGGACAAUUUGUCGCUUGCUUAUUACAAUGUUGCAGAAGGAGAAACACUUGCUCUUUCUCUAAGAGAACGUGGUGGUCGGAAGAGAUGAAUGGUUUGCCUUUGACAGAUCUUUAAAGUUUGCAACAUGAAUCUCUCUUGUUACUGUGGGAAAUUCUUCACAUGAGUUGUGGGACACCUUGAUGCAACCUUCCUAAAUGUUUUGUUGGAGAUUUAUUUUUGGUAUUGUGACAUUAUCUUUGAACUGAACUAUCAUUGUCUUUUAAGCUGAUGGUUUGACAUUUACUACAGAUGUGGCAUGUUGGAGAUCGUCUCUUAAGGGUAAACUGAAGUGAACUAGUUCCUUGUUACUAAUCGGAACUGUUCAGACUGGCUCCCCCUUAUUAUCUACUUUGUUAAUCAUUAAAUCUUCUUGUCAAGAGACAUCA